AUGGUGUGGGCCUGUGGUCUAAGUCCGAGAAGUAUGAGCUGGUCGCUUCUCGCUCGACCCCUCCUCCUCAAAUCGGGACGGCAAUGCAUUAUUGGAUCAUAUGGCAGUUUCUGUAAUCAGUCUUGCUCCGUUAACUGCAAAAACAGUGUUUGUGACAAGAGCAACGGCCGGUGUACAGACUGUAAUGGUGGAUACUACGGAUCAGCCUGUACACCAUGUCCUGUUGGCUGUAGUAGUGGUGAAUGUGACAACACGUCCGGACAGUGUGUUCAAUGUGAUGAUGGAUUCUACGAUAGUUUCUGUAACCAGUCCUGCCCUGUUAAUUGUAAAAACAACGUUUGUAACAUGGUCAACGGUCAGUGUACAGAAUGCAAAGCCGGAUAUCACGGUAGUACCUGUACUCAGACGUGUCCUACCAAUUGUAAAGACAACAUAUGUAUCCAGGAUAACAGGUUUUGUACAGAAUGUGCUGUUGGGUAUCAUGGCGAUCAAUGCGAUAUGAAUUGCCCGUUCAACUGCAAGGAUAAAUUUUGUAACCAGACUAAUGGUCGGUGUAUAGGAUGUGGACCAGAUUACCAUGGCAGCGACUGUUCUCUGAAUUGCCCGGACAACUGCAAGGGCCAUGCUUGUAUUCAGGAGAACGGACGAUGCAUAGGUAUUGUGUGGAAGUAGUUGGAAAUCUUGAUAUGUACUCAUGUAGUGCAUUGCCUAACGUGCUUUAUUAUAUUUGAUAGUGUAAAAGCGAUGCCGUACCGUGAGUAAUAUAUGUAUAAUGUUUUUACUCGAUGUCCUUUUCAAACAAAAAUUGUAAUUUGAAUUCUGUGACAUGAUGCCAUGAGGUGUGACGUCACAAAUGAGACGGUUGGGAUAUACAGCUAGAUACAUUUUCACCACGUUUUAGUAUUAUACAUAUAAAACACCUUUCAUGGUAUGACUUUUCGACAUCGAUAAGCGGGUAGGUUUAAAUCUAACCAUGUUUUUGUCAAAAUAGUACAAGUUAUCUUAUGUCUUGUUUUGAUUAUUAACUUUAGUGUCAAUACUAUUGCGAAACUAAUAUCUACUUGCAUGAUUUAUGCAAAUGUUUGCAUUAGU